AUGUAUAGACAAAUACCUUUAACUGUUGCGUUCAGUAGUGAAAACCCUGACGUCAAAAUAAAGGGGAACAGAGUAACGUUUAAGUUUCCAACAGACUGGAUUGUGAACAUAAAUGAAGAGAAGUACAUUGGCAUAACAUCUAUGUAUAUAACACGUGCUUUCAGAAAGGUUGACUUUAUACUUCAAGUCGAGAUAGAAAAUGACGAACAGUCUUUAAGCGCCCAAAACAUUCACAUAUACAAAUACUUUAAAGACGAUACAACAUUGCAACAAUGUAUGAUUUCAUUUAAUGAGAUGUUCGAGAAAAAGUUCAACAUUGAAGUACAAACUUUACAGCCUUUACGUGAGUUUCUUGCACAACUGAAAGAAGAAGGUAGUCAGCCACAACUUAUAGACUUUCAUUAUGAAUUUAAUGAAAAUGAAGAUGGAACUCAUGACUGUCAAUUCAUUGUAUUCUCACCAUUCAAUGAAGUCGCUAAAAAGAAAGAAAAUCCAUUACGUAUAAGAUUUCAAAUCUCCGAACCAAGUGAUGAUUUUAAGAAUGUUUUCAAUUAUGAUGCAAUGCUUCCGAGGAAAAAUGAAUUUUCAAAGAUU